UAUUGACACAUUCUAUAAAAGAGUGGAUACAAAUGCUACAAGUGGUUCCUCUCCAAUUGAAGCAUCCAACCUCAAUGUUUCACCUCAAGAACAAGAACAAGAACAAUCUCAUCCAAAACGCCAAAGGCUUCGUCAUGAAGAAAUGAGUUGUUCUCAAAUUGAAGUAGAUCCAGGAUUGCGACCGAUGAUUUGGGACUUUCCUAUAAAUCAAAGAGAUGAAAUUCGUCGUGCCUAUCUUAGACGUGGGCCAUGCCAACCUAUUCUUAUAAUGUAUCCUUUAUCAAAUGAUGAUCAUCCUCGUCGUUUUAAAGCUUCUUGGUUUCAAUUAUUUCCUUCUUGGUUAGAGUACUCUCAUGAAAAAGAUGCUAUCUUUUGUUUCCCGUGCUACCUUUUUGGUAGAGAGGCAUCUAACCGUCCAGGUUCUAACUCUUUCGUUGAAAAAGGAUUUAAUACUUGGAAGAAGGUAAAUAGCGGGGAAAAUUGUCCACUUUUAAAUCAUGUUGGAAACAAACCAAACUCCACAUAAUAUUUGUGUCCAAUCUUGUGAGGCUUUGUUGUCACAUUCACAACAUAUUGAACGACAUAUUGUAAGACAACGUCCAGAAGUGAUUGAGAAGAAUCGACUUAGACUCAAAACUAGCAUUGAUUGUGUAAGAUGGUUGACUUUUCAAGCUUGUACAUUUAGAGGUCAUAAUGAAGAUACAACCUCUAAUAAUAGAGGAAAUUUCAUUGAGCUGUUGAGAUUUCUAGGAAAUGCCAAUCCUAAAGUGGAUAGAGUUAUCUUACAGAAUGCUCCAUCUUAUGCUAGAUAUACUUCAAGUGAUGUUCAAAAAGAGAUUCUGAAAAUAUUGGCCAACAUGGUGAGAAACUCAAUCAGGAAGGAGAUAGGAAAUGCAAAAUUUUGUAUCCUUAUUGAUGAAGCUCGAGAUGAGUCAAAAAAGGAGCAAAUGGCGGUCAUCUUGAGGUUUGUAGAUGGUGAUGGUUUAGUUCAAGAACGAUUCUUUGAUGUUGUCCAUGUUAGAGAUACUAGUGCAAUGACCUUGAAAAAUGAAUUGGUAUCUGUUCUUUCUCGUUUCAACCUUGAAGUUGAAAAUAUCCUAGGUCAAGGAUAUGAUGGUGCUAGUAAUAUGCGCGGUGAAUGGAAUGGCUUGCAAGCUUUGAUUCUUAGAGAUUGUCCUUAUGCUUAUUAUGUGCAUUGUUAUGCUCAUAGAUUGCAAUUGGCAUUGGUUGCGGCAUCAAGAGAAGUAGUUCAUAUUCAUGAAUUUUUUAUGCAACUCACACUUGUUGUAAAUAUUGUUACUGCUUCUUCUAAAAGGCAUGAUCAAUUGCAAGCCGCUCAAGAAAUUAACAUCACAAAUAUGAUUGCUAAUGAUGAACUUCAAACGGGUAAAGGUGCAAAUCAAGUGGGUACAAUCCGGAGAGCUGGAGCUCUCAUUUUCAAUCCAUUUGUAGCUUAAUGAAAAUGUAUGAUGCAGCCUGCACUGUUAUUGAUGAAGGGGCUACUUAUUCUCAAAGAGGUGAUGCUUCUGCUGCUAGUAAAAUGCUAUCAUCAUUUGAAUUUAUUUUCAUACUACACUUGAUGUUUAAGAUCAUGGGAAUCACUAAUAUUCUUUGUCAAGCAUUGCAAUCACGCUCUCAAGACAUUUUAAAUGCAAUGCAUCUUGUUUCUACUUCAAAAGUACUUCUUCAACAACUAAGAAAUGAUGGAUGGUCUGAUUUGUUAGAAAAUGUGAAAUUGUUUUGUCUAAAACAUGAGAUAGAGAUUCCUGACAUGAGUGCACAAUAUGUCUUGGGAAGAGGUCAAUCCCGUCAAACAAAUGUAACUAUGGUGCAUCACUAUAGGAUUGAUAUUUUCUUGGUUGUGAUAGAUUCUCAGAUGAAGGAAUUAAAUUUGAGAUUUAAUGAACAAAACGUGGAACUUCUACGUUUAAGUACAACUUUGGAUCCUAGCAACAAUUACAAGGAAUUCAACAUUGAUAAUAUUUGCAGGUUAGCAGAGACUUACUAUUCUAAUGAUUUCACUGAGCAAGAAAGACUUCAUCUUAAGUUGCAAUUAAGUCAUUACAUUGUUGAUAUACCUCAGUCUUUUCAAAAUAUAACAACACUCUCUGAGUUGUGCAAAAAAUUAGUAGAAUCUUAGAAAUCAAAGCGCUAACAUUUAAUUGAUAGAUUGAUUCGUCUUGUUUUGACACUCCCAGUCUCGACAACAACGAUAGAGAGAGCUUUCUCAUCAAUGAAAAAUCUCAAGACAAAACAAAGAAACAAAAUGAGUGAUGAUUUUCUUUCAAACAGCUUGGUUAUCUAUAUUGAAAAGGACAUUGCAAGUCAAUUUAGCUCAGAUGCAAUUAUGGAUGAAUUUGAGUCUUUGAAGGGCCGACGAGUUCAUUUUUAAAAAAUAGCUACUAUUAGUUUUUAUUUCUUUUGUUGUAGCUUUU